CUGAAGCCAUGAGGCCUCAAUACCUGAAAAGGAAACCCGCCACUCCGACCGCCGCCGCCGCUUCCUCUUCCCUACAGUGGAUUUCUCCCCUCCAGUAUCUCAAAUCCCCUACUUCUAACCCUUCUCCUACCACCACUCCUCUUCCGCCCCCGACGCCCCCGCCGCCCCCCGAGUCCAGCAGGCGUCGCUCCCGAUAUAUCUCCCACGCCGACGCUAUCCGCCUCAUCAACCGCCAGACCGAUCCACAGCGCGCCCUCGACCUUUUCAACUCCGCCGCCUCCCAGCCUGGCUUCGCGCACAACCACACUACCUACUCUGCCCUCCUCCUCAAGCUCGCCCGCCACCGCCGCUUUGCUGCCAUAGACGCCCUCUUCCACCGCAUGUCCUUCGAGCCCUGCCGCUUCCACGAGCCCAUCUUCCUACGCCUCAUCCCCCUCCUCUGCCGCGCUUCCCUCCCCGACAAGGCCCUCCACAUCUUCCGCUCCACCAUCCCCUUACUCGUCCGCUGCAAACCCUCGCUCAAGGCACUCGCCACCUGCCUCGACAGUCUCGUUGAAUCCCAACGCUUCGAACUUGCCCAGGAGCUUCUUUCCGACGCCAGGUCCCGUUUCUCCAUCGUGCCCAACACCUGUGUCUGCAACAUCCUCGUCAAGCACCAUUGCCGGAGGGGGGACACCACUGCCGCCUUCCGUAUCCUUGAUGAGAUGAGGACGUCAGAAUCGGCAAAGCCCAAUCUUAUCACCUAUUCCACGCUGAUGGGCGGGCUGUGCAGAGAGGGCAAGUUGAAAGAUGCCUUCGAGCUGUUUGAGGAAAUGAUUGACAGAGACAAAAUCGUUCCUGAUCCAUUGACAUAUAAUGUGCUCAUUGAUGGCUUCUGCAGAAGUGGGCAGGUCGAUAGGGCGAGAAAACUCUUUGCGUUUAUGAGGAACAAUGAUUGCGAACCGAAUAUGUACAAUUACGCAACUCUAAUGAAUGGCUACUGCAGGGGAGGCAGAGUGGAGGAAGCAAAAGAGUUGUUUGUAGAAAUGGGGAACAUUGGAUUGGAGAUUGAUGCUGUCACAUACACAACUUUAAUCGGUUGUAUUUGCAGAGAGGGGAGAGUUGAUGAAGGGAUUGAAUUGGUGAAAGAGAUGAGAAAGAAAGGGUGCAAAGCUGAUGUGGUUACUUACAACGUGGUGCUCAGAGAACUGUGCAAGGUGGAGAAGUUUCAGGAGGCAAUGGGUUUGCUUGAGUGCUUACCGUAUGAGGGUUUGAGGCUCAAUGUUGCGAGCUAUAGGAUUGUUUUGAAUAGCCUGUUCGCUCAAGGGGAGAUAGAGAAAGCAGUUGGGCUUCUUGGUUUGAUGCUAGGAAGGGGAUUCAUGCCACAUUUUGUGACAUCCAACAAAUUAUUACUUCAAUUAUGUGAGAUUGGAAGAGUAGCUGAUGCAACUAUAGCAUUAUAUGGAUUGGCAGAAAUGGGUUUUAUGCCUGAGGUUGCUACAUGGGCUAAAUUUGUCGAAUGUGUGUGCGGGGAGAGGAAAUUUAAGAAGGUUAUAGAAUUGCUUGAUAGCAUAAUUACAGAACAGUGAGUUCUGUGAUUUAUUUUGUGAAGAUGCAGUUUACUUUGCCAUCCUGUGAUCCAGAUAGGAUAAUGUGUACAGCAAAAUCAUGAGUUUUUUUAGUUGCCAUUCAUUGUGGUGCUCCAGGAAACAAUAAAACUUUGAUCAUAUUGACUUGAGUUGAUUAUUGUCCAGAGGAUGAUGAGAAAUUCUUCUUAGCAGUCUUUGUUUGUUGACCAUUCCUUGGGCAAGCACACCGCAUACUUUACUGAAAUAUAAUAACAAGAUGAUAGGAGUGACUCGUUCAUACAGAAGAUCUUUUUUCACAACUCUGGCUAGUAGAUAAGAAUUCUCUACAAGUGAUUUGAUUCCGGCCAAGCCACUUGAUGACAUAAUCAUUCUCUUGUGUGGAAUAUUUGAUGAACUCGAUUAGCUUACUUCUUUGUGUGACUGGAAGAAGAAUUUGAGAUUGUGUACCUUAUGAGUUUUCAUUGUAAGUGGUGAAUGCAUUAUUCAAUUUCAACACCUGCACCACUACUUCACAAGCUAAGCUACAGCCUGCAUAGUAGCACCACUGUUAUGAGAUAUGAUGAAAAUAUGGAUCUAGUAGUCUUAUAUUGUGGCCUUGCCCCCUUGAACUUAAUAAAGGAUACGACAAGACAGCAUUGUGAUGGAAUUUUUCCAUCAGAGUUGUGGAUCAGGAUGAGACUUUGUUUGUUCUUGAGGGGAUAGGACAAGUGAAGUUGGUGAAUGAGUUGAUAGUUAGCCUCAAUGUGACCUGUGGAGCUAUUUGUACAACAUUUUUAUUACCAUAGAAGAAUGUGUGAAGACGGUGGAUGAGUUGAUAGUCAACCUGGAUGUUUGGUUCUUGAUGCAUAACCUUGCGGGCUAUUUGCACAACAUUUCUGUUACCAUAGAACAAUGGCGUGGAACAAGUAUCAGUAGAGGAAAUUUCUAUUGUUGCGUCAUACAGUUGUGAAACUCAGGAUCCGGAUGACUCCUCUGGGGCCUUGCAGAGUGGGCAAGCUAUUGAAAUAAAUUUCUGAAAGCUUUUCGGUGCAUUUGGUUUGUUUGUGAGCAGGACCAUAGGUACAUGCUUUUACACUUUGCAGCUCAUAAAUUAGUGAAGUAUCAAUGCUUUUGAGUGUAUCAGAUUCCUUGGUAUAAAGCAGAUAGAUGGCAUAUUACUUAGCAUCUUGUGCAGUUGCAUUUGUAGAUUGGCAGUCUGUUCCUGUCUAAUUUCAAAGUUUAGUGAAUUGUAGAUUAAAUUGUGAUGAAAAUUAUAUUCAUCUACUAGCUUUUAGGAUGUCUUUCGAGUGAUAAUCCUUAGAAUUCUUAAUUUAGUUUUUGCAUAUAAAAAAUUUGCAUGGCAAUUUAUUAUCUGAACUGCCUGCUGAGAAUAUGCAUAUUUGGGUUUUCUAAAUAAAGAUUCAAGCGGUAUGCAAUUUAGGAGAAUAGGCACGCACCAUGGUGCCUUUGCUUGAACUUUGAAAACCCUCUAAUUUUUACUUCUUGCUUUUAAAAAAGAAAAAAGAAAAAAUCUUGACGCCAAGUUUGUUAAUUUAGCCCACAGAAUCUGCUUGGUUUUUUAUGGGUUGCUAGGUUCACUUGGUGUGCUCUGUUUAUCUGACUAAUUUGUCUCCUCUAAUCCAUCCCACUAGCCCAACUCAUUCAUUCUAGUUGGUUUGCAUGAUUUGCUCUACCUAUAUGGUUUGAUAGGCCCAUUAGGCCUACUUGAACCAUCAAUAUCAUUAGAUAGUCUAGCCUGUUUGAUUUGUUCAUACUAUCAAUCUUGCGCAAUCCAUGAUUUAAAUAUGGAGUAAAUAAUUUUUUUACUUUCGAUGCAUAUCACUUAUUUCCACAAAGAUUUUAACUCAAAAUUUAUCUAACAUAUAUUUUUAAUAAUUAAAUAAGGCAAUAUGAUGACUCAUUUAUGAUUGAUAAAUUGAUUGUUUUAUAGUGUGCUUAGUUAAUACUAAUGGUAAGGCAAGAAAUAAAAUAGUUCCUAGGGAAUGCCACAGAGUAAGAAAGAGAUUAGAACAUAUAUUGGUCAAUUUGGUUCAUCAAAUUAAAUAUAUAGGGUUUUGUUUUUUUUUUAUGUUUGGUGUAUAUGGAGACAUCAUAAACAAUAGACAAGAAAUAAUUAAUUUUUACAAUACUCAACUUGCUAUGUCUAUCCAACUUGGCUCAGUCAGCUUGCCACUUAGUCCAGCCUGCCCAACUUGUCAAGUUUACUAGGUUCAUUUGUGGCCUGCUUAAUACAUCUCACUCUACUCGAUCAUAUAGGUAGAACAAGGUAGAACUUCAAGCAUACUGCCCUUACUGCCGAACUAAAUACUAAGUUCUAAAAUCUUUGUUUCUUUCUCCUCGUGGCACUUCACUAUUGACUAAACCAACAUAGUAGGUAAUUAAAUAUAUUUUAGUAUCUGUAAGUUUUUUUUCACUAUUCUUCCUUCCUAUGCCAUGUUUAGAAGAUUAAGAAAUUCAACCAGUUAAAACUAUAGAAUCAUUGAAUAUUAGUUCACAAAGUUUGCCAUGCUCCUGCUACAAUUUGUUGGAAAAUUACAGGGCUUGGGUAAAUAAAGACAAGUUUUUUAUAUUUUGCUGAAACAUAUUAUGGUUGGAGACAAAUGUUAUAUUUUUAAGGGCAGAAGGAGACAUCUGAUACUGUCUGUCCUUACCUAAACCAGAUAUUAAUGUAAGGUGGUGGGUCAAACCAGACUGUGUUGAUGUUUGCCUGCAAAUUGAAACAGUAUUGCUUGGUGCCCAAUUAAGAUCCUUAACCAUUCCCUUGCAAUCCUUUCCCUCUCUGAUAAGUCACCAUCAGUCCUGAACCACACUGCAUGCUGCAGACCCCACACCACACUCCAUGCAUGAUGCAUCAUUCAUCGCUAUUAUUUUAAUUGAUUCAUCAAGUGACCCUUUUACAUGAUCGAACAGUAAGGAAAGGAUACUGUUUUCCUCAGAGACAUGGAGUUAAUUUAGGUGAUGAGCAGCUCUAAAGCAUUGGCAUGUAGCCAAAAGAAGCCUCACUUUCUCAGACGACAGAGUUUUCACAUGCAUGCAAGGAGGAGAGGAUAAGACUUCUUAAAGUAGUGCUUGAGCUUUAGCAUUUCCUGGAAGGUGAAUAUAAGCUAAAGAAUUCAAGUCCUGACGAAGUUGGAGGCAUUGGAAUUAGACUGCGAUUGAAGAUACGGAUCAAAAAGACCAACUUUGCUUUUUUAUUUGGGAGUCGCAAGAUUCUUUUACCGAGUAUUUGAAGAAACAAACAAUUGUUGUAUUUAUUUAUGUAUGUGACGAUAACUUCAU